GUGUAAUUUGUUAUUAAAUAAAAUAACACUAAACGGAAUGCACAUAAAGCAAGGUGUAUACAUUUUUAAAAUAAUCGACUAUUAAUAUUUUAUUGACGUAUUAAAAUGACGUUUCAAUUAACAAUCUGUGUUUUGGCAGCGGGCGGUAUUGAAUUGAGAACCAAAGUUAUUUGAUAUUUCUUUUCUUUUUGUUUUCAGCGAUGAUAAUGUUUAUUUCACAAAAGAACAACUGUAACAACAAGAAGAAAGGUUUUAAUAACUUUAAAUUUCAUUAAAAUGUUAUUGUGUUGAGGAAACAAUGAACGAUAGCGCCGCCGAAUGCUCGGAAGCUUUGGAUCCUCGCGUUCAGAUUGAACUAGAGCGUCUAAAUACUGCGACAGAUGAGAUCAACAGGCUUGAAGUUGAGCUGGAUGAGGCUCGGCUGGCAUUCCGUAGACUGCUUGCAGAGGGACACCUGCGGAUUCAACAGCUUACCAAGAAGCUUGGUACCAGUGUACACAAAGCCAGGCCUUAUUAUGAAGCUAGAUUCAGAGCUAAUAUUACCUCACAAGAGCUGCAAACAGCAACAGUCGCAUAUGACAAGGCGAACAGUGCUCACGCGGCGGCGCGGGAGAUGGUGUACCUGGCGGAGCAGGGACUGGCCCGCCUGGCAGAGGGCGGCGCCGGCGUCACGCUCGACCCCGCCUGGCAGGAGAUGCUUAACCACGCCACGCAUAGGGUUAAUCAGGCGGAGAGCGACCGCGCGCACGCGACGGUGACGCAGCGCACGCGCGCCGCCGCGCACCGCGCCGCCUCCACGCUCGUACAUCAACUACAGAGCUCGCUCAAACGACAUAUCGCCAAGUCCAGACCAUAUUUCGAAGAGAAGGCUAGAAUCAACACAGCUUUAGAAGCUCAGAAGGCUCGGAUCCAAACGUUGGAGGAGCAGGUCUCUGAGGCCAAGCAGCAGUACUCCUCAGCGCUGCGGAACUUGGAGAGGAUUUCCGAUGAAAUACACAAACAUCGAUCUAGAAGACAGUCUGCUAGGAAUGAGAUAGACCGCUCGACGACGACGGACACGGCGAGCGACACCAACACCACGAGCAGCGACAAGCUGGACGAGCUGUGCGACAGCAGUACGGACGCCAGCGUCCGGGAGUGGCUCCGUCGCGCCGCGCACCAUCGCCCGCGCCCGCCUACCGACGCCGACACCUGGACUGAGAUCGAUCUGGAUUACUCCAGUCCGGAAGAGGUGAGUUUCGAAAAAUGUUCGCUCCGAGCUCGGUCGACCCCAGAGAAGUGGUCCCCACCCAGUCCGGUGGAGUCCCGGGCGUCUGCAGCGGAGCCCCGGCGUAUCAUUAGGACUGCGCCCCGGACACAUGUACUCAGGGAGGAUCUCGACAAACCACGGAGACAGAGCCUCGACGCACUGCUGCAUGAUACCGGGGAGAAGGUCAAGGAGAUGUUCCAAGGUCUAUCCCUAUUCGGCGAGCGUCGCGGCUCGUCGUCAGUCCCCCGCACCCCGCGCCGCGCCGCCUCGCCCCGCGCUGCCUCCUCGCAUAGCGACGACAGAUACUCCGACACUGAUAGUCUCGCCAGCGUGGAGAUGUUAACAGAUGACCAGAUAGCGUCCCUAAUGUUGGACGCGCAACUGGAGGCAGUGUGCGAGAGACUGGCCGGGGUCGCCGGGACACAGACUCGGUCUCCGCACUCUCCUGAACAUCGCUACUAGGACAGGUUGUGUUUGCAGCUGAAUAUUGUAUAAUUUCAAGUAGAGCAGUUGAAAAGUAAAUAACGUACAGUACAAUGAAUCAUACUAUUGUUACAUAAGGUUGGUAAUCACUUGCAAAUCAUAUUACGGUAAGGUCUAUUUUUACU